ACGAGAAAAGAAGGAACGAGGAAGAAGAAGAAGAAGAAGAAGAAGAAGAAGAAGGAGCUUGGAAAACCUUGCACCAGAUCCUACCACCCGAUCCUCGAAUUCUCCCUCCCAAAAAAAAAUCAACAUGUCUUCCCCAGAGGCCCGUGCUGGUGUCAAGCGACCUCGCACCCAGUCACUUCCUCCUCCAGCUCUCCCUCAGCUGGUUGCUGAACAGCACACCGCCAUCCCAUUCACCGACAAGGACUCUCAGCGCCUCAUCGUCGUUCUCUCCAACGCCAGUCUCGAGACGUACAAGGCCUCACAUGGCGGUACUGGUCGCAACGGCGUCCAGCGUGAGGAGAAGUACUCGCUACUCAACAGCGACGAGCACAUUGGAGUUAUGCGCAAGAUGAAUCGUGACAUCAGUGAUGCGCGCCCGGAUAUUACACAUCAGUGCCUCCUGACCCUGCUCGACUCUCCCAUUAACAAGGCUGGCAAGCUUCAGAUCUACAUUCACACCGCUAAGGGUGUCUUGAUUGAGGUCUCGCCGUCUGUCCGUAUCCCACGUACAUUCAAGCGUUUUGCCGGUCUGAUGGUUCAGCUGUUGCAUCGCUUGUCUAUCCGCUCCACCAACUCGCAGGAGAAGCUUCUUCGCGUAAUCCAGAACCCCAUCACCGAUCACCUUCCGCCCAACUGCCGCAAGGUCACCCUCAGUUUCGAGGCCCCUCUGGUACACGUGAGGGACUACAUCGACACCCUCGCUCCCAAGGAGAGUGUUUGCGUCUUCGUCGGUGCCAUGGCCAAGGGUGCCGAUACCUUUGCUGAUGGUCUCGUGGACGAGAAGAUUUCCAUCAGCAACUACAGCUUGUCCGCCAGCGUCGCAUGCAGCAAGUUUUGCCACGCCGCCGAGGAUUCCUGGGACAUUCAGUAGUCGAAUCUCGAUAUCGACUCAGUCGUUGAUGUUGCAGAGACAUAAAUUCAGGCGGCAGAGACGACGAAUAAGAGCGGCAAUGUAAGUGGUGACCUUUAGGCGCGUGGAGACGCAAUAUGCGCCCAGAGCGGCAAAUCGAAAGUCAAGGGGUCUAGCUUAUGGAACCGCGAUACAACAUC